AAUUCUGUAAGCAACCAAACCAGCCACCGCUUCACAGUCACAGUUUACUAUGGACCAGAGAUAGCAAAUGUCAUGGGACCAAAUUUGGCAGAGGCAGGAGACUACGUCACAUUCACCUGCAAUGCAACAUCUAAUCCUCCCAGCAGGUAUGAGUGGUACUUUGAAAAUGUUCUGGUCUCCAACAAGUCGGAGUAUGUCACACCGUCUCUGACAACCAACAUGAGUGGAAAGUACCUCUGUGUGGCCUUCAACAGCAUCAGUGGCAAAAACAGCACUGCCGACAUAAUGCUUACUGUUAUCGAGCCACUGCAAAACAUAAUAGUAGAAGCACCAAUGAUGCCUGCCAAAGAAGGUUACUCCUAUAAUUUAACAUGCAACACAAAUGUACCUGCUGAUUACAUUUACUGGAUGAAGAAUGGGGAGCCACUGAAUCAAAACAACAACAUAGUUUUCUACAAUGAUAACAAAACACUUCACAUCAGAAUGGUGGAGCGCUAUGAUAAUGCCAGAUAUGAGUGUAUGGCUAUUAAUGCAGUUUCAGAGAACACGAGCACUCCUUACAUGCUCUUUGUCAACUAUGGACCAGAAACACCUUUUGUUUAUGGGCCAGCUUUUGCUGAAACAGGACAUCAAGCUGUCUUCAGCUGUUCUGCUGAGUCAGUGCCUCCCUGUACGUUCUGCUGGUGGUUCAAUGGAUCCAUCGUGGCCAAUACAUCAAACUAUACAACCGAUGUGUUGUCAUUAAGCAUGAGCGGAGAGUACAAAUGCAUGGCCAUUAAUAAUGUGACAGGAAAGAACAGCACAAACUCCACGACACUCACCGUGAUAGGUAUGAAACCUUUAGGAUUCAGAGGAAUUAGAUGA